UGGCAAGAGCAGUAGCCGCCGAGGCCGUGGGGUUUCUGGCUUGUCUUCCUCCUUUUCUUCCUCCUUCCCCUUGGCCGUCGGGUACUGAGCCGGGGGAGGGGAGGCGGCCUGGGUGGCCGGGGCGGGAGCUGCUGCUUUGAGGAUGGGAAUCCUCUUCACCAGGAUAUGGAGACUGUUCAAUCACCAGGAGCACAAAGUUAUCAUUGUUGGUCUGGAUAACGCAGGGAAAACCACCAUUCUUUACCAAUUUUCUAUGAAUGAAGUUGUACACACAUCUCCUACUAUAGGAAGUAAUGUAGAAGAAAUAGUAGUUAAUAAUACACGUUUCCUAAUGUGGGAUAUUGGCGGCCAAGAAUCUCUUCGUUCUUCAUGGAAUACUUAUUAUACUAACACUGAGUUUGUCAUUGUUGUUGUGGACAGUACAGACCGAGAAAGGAUUUCUGUAACUAGAGAAGAACUCUAUAAAAUGUUAGCACAUGAAGAUCUAAGGAAAGCUGGAUUGCUGAUUUUUGCUAACAAACAAGAUGUUAAAGAAUGCAUGACUGUAGCUGAAAUUUCCCAGUUUUUGAAGCUAACUUCAAUUAAAGAUCACCAGUGGCAUAUCCAGGCAUGCUGUGCUCUCACUGGUGAGGGAUUGUGCCAAGGACUUGAAUGGAUGAUGUCACGACUUAAGAUUAGAUGAUCUCUACUGACCUCUAUUUGUAGACUUUGCAUAAAUGAAGUGCUGGACUAUAAUUAACCUGAAAGCUGCAAAAAAUUAAUGGGUUAGAUAUAUUUAUAAUAAACUGACAAACUUUUUCUAUAAGAAACAAAUUAAGACCACUUCUUUGAAAAGAAAAAUGGAGUCCCAUGUUCCAGUUUGCUUUCAUAUUAGUUUCUUCUGAAGUUAGGUCUUAAAGCUGUGAUUGACAUUUCUGUCAUGAUGAAUCCUCUCAGGACAUUGUGUAGUCUGUGGUAAGUAUAAAGGGAGAGGAAGACAAUUUUAACCACAAGAGCUUUAUUAUCAGUAUAACCCUCCCUAAGUUGAAUGUUGUCUUUUUGUUCGAUUAAGUCAAAAAAACAAAUCAGUGGCACAAGUAUUCAAUUUCCACUAUUUUUUAAAUGUAAUGUUACAUAUGAGAAAGAUGUUUUGCAUCAGUUUGUAUAUGUAUUGUGUGUGUACUUCAAAUUUAGGUUAAUGGCUUUGAUUUAUAUACUAGAGAAGGGUAAAUAAUUAUUCCUAACCUAAGUGAAUAAUAUGCUUACUUAUACCUAGAAUGAAACCAGUACAUAGAUAUUGAUGUGUCACUUAUACUUUGUCCUUUGUGUUCUCUGUGUUGUAUUGACUUACCCAGAAAAAUUUUGCACUGCUUCUUUAAAAAAAGAAAAGAAAGCUGAAAGUUUCUAAAUUUAGGGAGUUGGGAGUGGGAGGGGGUCAGACUAAAUCAUAAAUACACACAAAAAGAUAUGGUACACUGGAGUGGAAUUCUUACGCAGUAGUUGAUUUACUAUUACCAACUUCCACUAAUUUAUUUCCAGAAUGUUUUUUUUUAAAGGACUUAUAUUGUCUAUUUAAGUGAGCUUGUAUUUUAAAUUAUGAGAAUACAAUUUAGGAAGUAAAUUUUCAGAAUCAAUUAUGAGAGAAAACAUUUUUAAAAAUAUGUCUGUCAUAUGGUGUGACCCUUCAAAAAUUUUGGGUUAUAGUUAGAAUUACUGUACAUACAUUAAUUAUAUGGCAACUGUUGAAUGAAUUUGACAUCUUUGAGAGUAAUGCAUACUGUUCUGGUCGCUGAAAUGUGGAGGUUCUGCCAUUGGUUUGUAGUGGUCUGCUAUGGAAGGCAAGAAGUUUUUUUUCACUUUUUUUUAGUUUUAAAACAUCAGUAUUUUGAGAACAUUUAAAAUUACAGCUAAGUGACUUAUUCCCACUUCUAUAUUGCUUAAUAACUAAGCAACUAGCAAACAUUUCUAUGUUUAAUAGAUUUUCAAAUGGUUUUGCAUGGCACAUGACUUUUAAAGUAAUCUAUAUUGAACUUUAUUGCCGUUUACAGUACUGUUACUCAAAGUGCUAUAAAUGUUGAACUGAUAUUUUUUUAAAAAUUCUUAAAGUCACAAUAUAAGCCUUUGACAUAACUAUGAACAGCCUUUAUACUAACUAAUACUAUUAUCAUUUAAAAAAUUCCUGUGUAUUAUAUUGGCUUAACUUUAAAAUCCCAACUGUUUCAAAACAGUGUAAUCCAAAUUGUACAAGAAAUAACAUUAAACCUUAAUGUGAGCCUUUUCAAAAUUAAUGAAGUUAUAGGGAGAAAUAAAUGUACUUAUCAUAAAUAAUAAUAUAGAUUUAAAGGUCAUUACUACCAAAAUAUGUUAUAAAAAUAAUAAAAUGUUAACUAAGUCAGAAGCAUGUGGUUUUGGUAGAUCAUCGCUUCAGUGUUUAACAUUAAGGGCCUGUGUUUUAUGUUUCUAUAGCCGGUAUACAUUUUCAAGCUUAAAAUGGAAGCAUGAUAAUUUUGAUUAUGUAACGGUCAGUAUGCUUUUAAAGAUGAAUCAUCAUUAUAGACCUUUAUUGAUUCAAGCUUUACUGAUGUCCAAACUCCAGAUAUUCAUAAACCUUUUUUCACAACCACCUGUUAGGAAGAAGAAGUUAUAGUUAUUUAUCUAAUGCUGGUGGUAUUUUAGACCUGAUUUUCAAAAAUUGUAGCAGUAAAAAGUUGAGACUUCCUUAAAGUGGGGGUACAUUCAGCAUCCUUCCAGUUGUGACUUUAACUAUUUUUUUAUUUUGGAUACUGACAUAGGUCCCUUUACUGGCUUCCUCCAAGUCACAUUGAUUCCAGUAUGCUCUCUUCCUAAUGUUUUAUUUUCCAAAUUUAUUGUAUACUGUUAAAUACACAAUUUAAAUAAAAGUAUAUUUUAAAUAUACUUGGUCUUACCAAGUUGGAAAGGCUUUGUGUUGCAGUCAGUGAUGAAGUAUAUCUUUAUUGUCUGAGGACCAGUCUGGCUAAAUUUGGAGAGACUUUUUCAGUCACAGAAACUCUAGAAGAAAAAUUGUAACCUACAUCAGUGGAAGGAAUCCAUAUUGUUGAAGUCAUGGAUGCUUAAGUGAAGUAUAUUUUAAAUUAGAUUUUAAAACCAUGUAUCCGAUUGAAGCUGUAGUUUGAAUAGUUUCUGCAGUUUGCUGUUGGAAUAACAUGAGAAUGCAUAGGAUGUGUUACACUUAGGAAAGUAAUUUUUUUCCUCUGAAACAAGCUAAACCCCUCAUGUUUGUACACAGUUUCAGGUCUGUAACUAUGAAAAAUUUUCAGGUUCACAGAUGAAGAUUUAAAUCUCAUCUUGAUACUUCUUGGGUUCAUUUCAACAAUUCAUUUUAAUUUUCAGUAAAAGUGAAGGUUUACAGAUAUUCAUAAUGAUAAGUCAUAAUUUUUUUUUGCCUUAGGUGAGUUAAAACAAAGGCCAGUUUUUAUGUUGUCUUUUUUGUUUGUUUUUGUUUUGUUUUUUAGUAUACAGCUUUUUUUCAUGAAAAACAAUCUUAAUUUAGGAGACUUAUGACUUGCUUUAAAAGGAGCAUUUGCCCUCAGUAAUGGUAGGAUUAGGCAAAGACAUAUAACUGAUGUUAGUUUUAAGAGUGAUAAAUUAUACUUACGAAAUCUCUAAAAAUACAGAUAUUCUUUGAAAAUGAAAAUUCAACUUUAAUCUUAAUAUAAUUUAUAAAGUAGGAAAUGAAUUCCUAAUAUGUUGUCUAAGGGCUCCUAGAUAAGAAAUUUUUAGGGCUUGGUUCCAUAGCACCAUCAUUCCAAUCCAAUGCAAAUAAACCUAAGCUGUAACUGUUUUAAUUCUUCCCUUUUAGAUGUAUGAUUUUCAUGGGACAAAAAAUGCAGAGACAGGGGAGAUCUAGGUUCUAGGAUAGUUGGUGAAACACUUUCUUACUUUCAAAAACUUGUCUGAUCUACUACCCAAUACUGUGUAACAUUGAAGUCUAAUUGUGAUGAAUGCAUGUAAUAUAGCAGUGAUAGAAUUAUGUUGUAUUUCCUCCUCCUGGCCUCUCAGAGGUGCCUGGUGAAUAGCUCCAGGCUAGUGUAGUAGAAGAGCACCUCACUGGAAUCAUGAGAUAGACCUGUCUAGUUUAGUUUAGCUGGUUUAAGCAAGACACCUGGCCUCUCUGAGCUUCAGUUUCCUCAUACGUAAAAUGAAGGAGUUUGAUCUCUGAGGAGAUCCCAUAGUGUGAUCUAUUCCUAAUUGUUUGAAGAGAGAGAACCACGAUUUAGCUGACUAAGCUUUUUUCUUCAGUAUUAAAAUACCUAAAAAUAGAAAUUCUCCUUCUUCUAACCCUAACCCUGCAAUAUUAUGAGAACUAUACCAUGUUGUUGAUUCUAGAGCACAGUCAAAUUGGUAUUCUUUUAAAUUAUUGGGACACAGUUAAAAUGGCAGCAGAUUUUCUGCCUCAUGAAAUUUUAGAUGUUUCCUAUCCCUAAUCACAGAACAAGGAGAGAAAUGAGGAGCAAUCCCAAAUAUUAUAGGCAGGAAAUGGUCAGUCUCCACUAGCUCAGCACUUUUUUGAUUGGACUAGAAUUAAGAUAUGUGUGUAUUAUCUUUGCCAUGUCUCUGUAAGGAAGGUAGUAUUGUGUAUGAAAAGAUGGAUACUUGUUUAUACAGCUUGGGAGCAGGAGUGGGGUUGGUAAGUAAUCAUUUCAAAGGAGCUUUAUAUAUACGUUAAAGAUUUUUAGCCCAAAGAUUAUGUUUUAAGCUAAUGCAGUUAAGUUCUCAUGUAUUUUUUUCAUAAUGUUUAAUUAAGAAGAACUCCAAAAAAUAUUGGAGUCAGUAAAGCAUUUUACAUGAAAACAGUCUCCAUGUAACAUGCCUGGUCUUUUAUAAAAUAAAUAUAAUGUAAAUGGGUCCAAGAGAAAGUUGUGUAUUUUAAGGGAAUUCUGAACUGUGGCUUUGCAUGCUGUUUAUUUUUGCAUAUUAUGAACAAUAUUUCUAAAAUUUCAUUCAUACAAAAAACCAAAAUGUUAUAAAAAUACCUUUCACUCUGUAACUUCCCCAAAGCAUUAAUGGUAGGAAAAAAAGAAAAACCACAUUUUAAAACUUAAAAGAUUCUAUUGACUAAAAAUUACUAUUUCUAUUAAAUCUUAAUGUAACAGGAAGAAUUAUGGAAAGCUGAACAAAAUUAAAUGCAAUUAAGAGGCAGCAAAACAUACUGGAUAGAGAGCUGACCUCUGAGAUUGGACUGGGGCCCUAAGGGAUUAAAUGAAUUGCCCAGGGUCAUACUGUCAGUAUUUGAAACUAGGUCUUCCUGAUUCUAAAACUAUAGAGUGCAAAACAGUUGCUGUCUACAUUGGCAGGGGGAAUUUCCAUUGCCAGGAAUUCUCUACAUUAAUCAAAUCACAAGUCCAGACCAAAAAAGUCCAACCUUGAGAUAAGUUAUGCGUUAUACAUGAUCAAUGGAUUAAGCCCCAUAUCAUUGUACUGAAAACUUGCUUCCUGGUGUUUUUUCAUGCUCAGUGUACUGUUUUUGGUAGAAAGUGCUCAGAGUCUGUGUUCAAGAAUUGCCUAGAAUUAAUUUGCAACAACUAUUAAGUCCAUCUAAUAAAUGUCAUCUUGCAUAUUAUCAUA